UUCCACUACUAAACAGCACCGUAGGGUUUAACAAAAAACACACAUACCAGUCAAGAAAAAAAGAAAAGAAAAACCCUAGCUAGGAUUUAUGGUUUGAAUGAAUUUACUUUUAGAAUUCAAGUAAAGAUAUGAUGGUAACAGAGAGCAAUUCAAUGGAUACUGUAAUCUCCACUCUGUUAAACAGCUUUAAACAAGUCCCUUUAUCAGCUAUACCACCAAUGCUUGAUUGCAUUUUAGUCUCAACUAAUGUAUCUGCGUCUUCUCUAUUUGAUUCAAUUCUUGAUUCUUUUACUGAUCUGACUAAGGAUUUUAUGAAGGGACAAGAGUUUGAUUUUGGUCACUGCGACUAUAUUAUAUCAGUGGUGGGUGCACUUUGUCACCUUUUGAAGAAGCCUUUGACCAGUUCUAGUAGCAUUCAAUCAUUUAUCUGGAAAUGUUUUGUUCCGUUGAUGAAGAUGGCUCAUGCAUUUGACCGUGAGAUGCUUAACCAGAUUGCUGAAUCAUUCUUUGACGUUGUGACUGCAACUAAUUCGUGGGAUAUUUUAGAAGCUACCAUAGUACCUUUUUUUCUAAGAUCAGCAGGUCUGUUGAUGAAUAUGCUUCAAAAUGAAGAAUCAGAUAUCUAUGAAUGGGCUGGUCAUUCAGUUCUGUUAAGUGGCCAAAAAGAUGUUCCCUACUUGGAUAACGAGCUCAUGCUGUCUCUUUCUGGGUCCUUUCCUCUGUCAAUAUCAUGCCAUAUUUUAUCCUUAAUACUAGAAUCUGCUUUACAAAGUUUCAGUGCUGCUUCAGCCAUAGAGUUGGCGGUGGAAAAUGGGUCUUGUUAUGUAGGAAAACUGUUUCUUAAAUUACUUUGGGAUCUAUGUACUUUGAGUGAACGGCUCUUUUCUCAAAGUUUGGAGCACCGGUCUUGUGCUACUGGCUUUCUUCUCCCAAUCCUUUUUAAAGCAUUUGUUUCUCAUCCCACUUUUGAAAUCUCCAUUCGUGGGAAGCUAUGUAUUCUUUCUAGAAAUCUUUUCUUCAGGAAAUUGUGGAAAUGCUGCAGAUCACUAUUUUCUCAAGGGCCUUUAGAGAGAAGAGAUGCAUAUCAUGUGCUAUCUCUAUUUUUGUCAUUUUUCUCUUAUAUGGAAGGAUGUGCUAAUGCUGAUGCAAGUGUUAGAGUAGAAGAAUUUGAUAUUAGAGCUGAAAGAGAGUUGUGGGAUGAAAUUAAAAAAGGACUGGUUGAUGCUGAAAGCUUAGUUAGGAAGCAAUCAUUACAUAUAUUGAAAGGACUACUAGAAAUAAGUGGAGGAACCCGAUGUGAUACUCUUAAUCCAGAGAGGAGAUCUCAAGAGGAGUGUUCAGUUACUAAUGGUAUGACAAAAAGGGCAAUAUACGCUGACAAGGAAGCUAAAUCACUGGGUGUAGGGAAACUUUGUAAUUCAGCUGAUUCUCCUUUUGAUAUUAGGCAGCAGUGGGAGGCAUUUAUUCUUUUAUAUGAAAUGCUUGAGGAGUAUGGUACUCAUCUCGUAGAAGCUGCAUGGGAGCACCAGGUAAACUUGUUGCUUCAGUUUUCAGUUUCGCAUGAUAAUUUUGCAAGCUCUGUUUGUGGAGUUCAGCAAAACCAGAGUGAAAUUCUGGGUGAAGUCUUCAGUUGGUUAACUAUUUUAUGGAAACUGGGUUUUCGUCAUGACAAUCCCCAAGUGAGGUGCUUGGUCAUGCAAUCAUUUUUGGGUAUUGAGUGGAUGAAGUAUCAUAAUGCUGCAGCAUCAGUGCCUCAAAGCUUUAUUCUUGGUUCAUUUGUUGAAGGAUUAAAUGAUCCUGUGCACCACAAAGAUUUUGGUUUAAAAGGAAUUUACACCUCUAGGACCAUAGAAGGUGCAGCCAAGUUUCUGCAUCAUUAUACAAGAUGCCUAACUGCAAGGAAAGGAAUCGCCUUUUUGCAUAGUUUAGCAUCAGUUGCUAAACAUCAGUCUUUUGGUAGAGCUGGAUUAAUGGGUCUUGCUGAAUGCAUUGCUUCAGCUGCUUCUGGAGUAGGAAUGCAUGAUGCCAAUGAAGGUGAAUGGAAUAAAAAUUCUUUGCCUGAUGAGGUCCAGCUGGAUUCCUCUUCAAUAACUAUUCCUCUCAUUCAAAGAACAGACUUAUUGGAUGUUUUGAGAUAUGUCAUUGAGAGCAGCAAACGACAUUUCAAUCCUAAUUAUCGCCUUCGAGUCUGCAAGAAAGUUAUAGAGGCUGCUGCUUCAGCUGUCAGUAUAUUUGAUGUGCCACUUGAGGCUGUCUUGCAAUUUGUUUCAGCACUGCCCCGGGAGUUUACUGAUUAUGGAGGUCCCUUAAGACACAAAACGCAAGAAUGGCUUUUGGGGGUUGAUAAGAAACACUGCUGUACUGAGACUCAGCUUCUGAAAAGUCUUCAAGAAUUCCCGGAUAGUUUUACUAGUUCACAACACAUAGAUGAUGCUUCUGUUCAUUUUGAUGAUGAGGAUUUGGAUGCAUGGGAAUAUGACUCAAGAAGAUGGGCAAGAGUGCUUUUUCUCGUAAUCCAGGAGGAAAAUGAUUUAGUACCUAUAUUCAAGUUUUUUCGCAAUUGUGGCGUUGACAUCAACAAACAAUGCAAUCAUGCUGGUUGGUCACCUGUGAAGUUUCUUGUCCUCACUAUGAACCUGAUCGCAGAGAUUCAAAUACUACGGGAUAGAGCAGUUGAACAUGGUGGCAAAAUAAGAUCUGAUUUGGACUACAGCUUGUUGGGGACUAGAUCCCAGUUGGGUUCUGAGGAAGCUUCUGCCAUUAGUGAAAAAAUUUCCGAUCUUUUUCUGUUGAUAUUGGAGGAUCUGAUCUCUUUUGCUAGCAUCUCUUGCUCUAUUUUCUGGACUAGUUUGGCUAAGGAUACAGAUCUUCCUUGUUCAGUGAGAGGAAAACUUGGAGGCCCUAGUCAACGUCGGUUAUCAUUUUCUACUGGUACUGCUGUGUUGGAAGCUAUAAUUUCAAUGGGAGCAGUUGCAUCUGUCACAACCUGGUGUUCACACUUUAAAAGUGAUGGCCAGCUCAAGUUUGCUUGGAGUUUUAUGUGGAAAUUCUUCUUGAAGGCCUGUUCAUCUCUAACUGGUGAUUCUGAGAGUGAAGCAGAAGUUUGUCUAGCAGCAUAUGAAGCAGUAGCUCCAGUACUGAGAGCAUUAGUUUUCACAUUCUCUCCGCUAGCUUUGGAUCUUAUUAGGGAGAAUGAUAAUUCAUCAGGAUCUGCUGAAGGCAAUGGUAGCAAGGCUUUGUUAGACCAAUUGGUUCUUUCCUUCCUUCAGAAUAUCAAUAACCUUGUAGCAGUUGGAGUUCUGGUGCGAACACGAAGGGCAGUUUUGCUUAACUGGAAGUGGCUUUGCCUAGAGUCACUGCUGUCUAUUCCUCAAUAUGCUCUUCAGAAUGGGGUUCAUUUAGAGGAAGAUAGAUCAUUCUUCUCAGAUGCAGCAAUCAGAUGCAUUUUUAACGAUCUUGUUGAGAGCCUUGAGAAUGCUGGGGAAGGUUCUGCUUUGCCGAUGCUGAGAUCUAUCAGACUGACCUUGGAGCUUUUAACUGCUGGAAAGUCAGAUUCACUUAUUUCCUCAUCUGGCGUGGAUACCCAGAUGAUGUGGCUUUUGGUUCGUUCUUCUUGGAUAUUGCAUCUCAGCAACAAGAAACGGAGGGUUGCACCUAUUGCUGCAUUAUUGUCUUCUGUCCUGCAUUCUUCUGUAUUUGGUGAUGAGGCCAUGCAUUCAAAUAGUAAUGCAGCUGGACCUCUGAAAUGGUUUGUUGAUAAUAUUCUUGAGGAAGGUAAAAAAAGUCCCCGUACAAUUCGUCUUGCGGCAUUGCAUUUAACGGGGUUGUGGCUUUCACAUCCAAGGAUAUUGAAAUACUACAUAAAAGAACUAAAGAUGCUUACACUAUAUGGUUCUGUUGCAUUUGAUGAAGAUUUUGAAGCUGAAUUAGCUGAGAAUCGUGAUGCAAAGACUGAAGUUUCAUUAUUGGCUAAAAGCCCAGAUUCUGAAUUGACUGAAGCAUUCAUCAAUACAGAGUUGUACGCGCGUGUGUCUGUUGCAGCCCUAUUCUGUAAGUUAGCUGAUUUCGCCGAUUUGGUGGUAUCAGCUGAAGGAAAUGAAAAUUGUUGUGCUGCUCUCGAAUCUGGAAAGUUAUUCCUGCUAGAGCUUCUUGAUUCUGCGGUAAAUGACAAGGAUGUUGCAAAGGAGUUGUACAAAAAGUAUAGUGGGAUCCAUAGGCGCAAAAUACGUGCCUGGCAAAUGAUAUGUGUUUUAUCACGAUUUGUUAGUGAUGAUAUAGUUGGGAAAGUUACAUGUAACUUGCACAUUGCCCUUUAUAGAAACAACUUACCAGCAGUUCGGCAAUACUUAGAGACAUUCGCAAUUAAUAUUUACUUGAAGUUUCCAUCAUUGGUUGUCGAACAAUUAGUUCCUAUUCUACGAGAUUAUAAAAUGAGGCCACAGGCACUCUCUUCCUACGUGUUCAUAGCAGCAAAUAUCAUUCUCCAUACGUCUAAGGAGUUUCAGUCCAGGCAUAUGGAUGAAUUACUUCCUCCAAUAAUUCCAUUGUUAACCUCUCAUCACCACAGCUUGCGGGGUUUUACGCAGUUGCUUGUCUACCAAGUUCUAUCUAAAUUUUUUUCUCCAUUGGACUUUGGAGCCUCUGCAACCAUGGGUUUGGAAAAAAUAUGCUUUGAAGAUUUAAAAUCGUACCUGGCAGAGAAUCCUGAUUGUAAGCGCUUACGAGCAUCAAUGGAAGGAUAUCUUGAGGCCUAUAAUCCUGUUGUCUCCAGUACUCCAAGUGGAAUUUUUAUCAAUCGAGUUGAGGAACUUGAAUUUGAGUGCGUCCCAACAUCCCUCUUGGAGGAGGUGCUCAACUUUCUUAAUGAUGUCAGGGAAGACCUCAGAUCUUCAAUGGCAAAGGAUGUUGUUACUAUCAAGAAUGAGAGCUUUAAAGUUGAUGAAAAUCAUAACUACACGAGAGUAUUACCUGAUAAUGGACUCCCUAAAGAAAUAUUAUUUGACUUUCAGAAAAAAGUUACUCCCAACAAACAUGAGAAAAGAGAUGAUAAUUCCAGCUCCAUUUUCGGAAGCAAUUUGUUCCAACAACUUUUAGAAAUGGAAAAGGAAGAUGAACUUCUUGACCAGUCAUUACAAUCUAGAACACUGACCAUGGAAAGAUCAAAAGCAAGUCGACAACAUCUUAUCCUUGUGGCAUCAUUCCUUGAUCGAAUACCCAACCUUGCUGGGUUGGCACGGACAUGUGAGAUAUUUAAGGCAUCAGGGCUAGCCAUUGCAGAUAAAAGCAUACUAAAUGACAAGCAAUUCCAACUCAUCAGUGUGACAGCGGAGAAGUGGGUUCCCAUCAUAGAAGUUCCAGUAAAUAGUGUGAAGCAGUUCUUAGAGAAGAAGAAGCGAGAAGGCUUCUCUAUCUUGGGAUUGGAGCAAACAGCCAAUAGUGUGCCCCUCGACCAGUAUGCCUUCCCUAAAAAGACAGUCCUGGUGCUUGGACGUGAAAAGGAGGGUGUUCCCGUUGAUAUAAUCCAUAUAUUAGAUGCUUGCAUUGAGAUUCCUCAACUGGGAGUGGUCAGGUCACUCAAUGUACAUGUAAGUGGAGCCAUUGCUCUUUGGGAGUAUACUCGACAGCAAAGAUCUCAAUAGUUCGCCUUGGAUGGAUUUUGCCUUGAAGAUAUGUUAAGAAGCGUAUCUUCACAACACCUUUAGUGCUUAUAAACUAAGGCUUAUUUUACAGAAGUAAUUUAUUUGUUAAAUAUUUGUCCAGUUGAAAUGUUGUAAAAUCAGUUUAGUUUAGUCCUUGUUGCCUUUCACUUUUAAGGGCAUUUAAAAGCUCCUGAAAGAUUGCUGCAUUUAUUCUUGUAA